ACUAAGUAUAGUGUGCGAGCCGUAUCCACGUUGUGGCGGCGAUACUUCAUGAUUUGUAGUUUUAACUGAAAAUUUAAGCAAGGCAAGGCUGAAAUGUCAAACGUAAAGGUAGAAAUGGAAAAUGACGAGAUUGUUAAAGAGAUUCCAGUCUUUCUAUCAAAAAAUUUACUCCAAAAACUAUAUGUUUUCCAAUACCCACUACGUUCUGUUGCAGUUGAAAUUGAUAAACCUAAUGUCAUUGCUUCAAGGAUUAAGCCCAAACUUCAGGAAGUUGAAUUAGAGCUUGAAUUAUCAACCACCACACCAAACUAUGAUAGAAGCAAAGGCGAACAAAUUGUUAUCAAUACAGAUGGGCAUAACAAAUAUGACAAACCUGAUCAUCAAAACUUUUUCAGAGGUUCGCUCAUGGACAAAAUCACCUACACCUCUACCAAAGCACUGUUAGAUCCAGGAAGAUUUGCUGUUGGUAUCCUGAUUGACAAUGAGCUACACCUCAAUCCAUUACAUGGAAUUCUCCAUGUGAAACCUUCUUUUCCAUAUUUGGACAAAUCGGACAAAGCUCUCAAAGAUAAUGCAGCUGAGCCAACUGAGUCAGGGGAUGAAGAAGAUGUUGCUGAACAAGUUACUGUUAAAUUUGCUCGCACAGAAACAGAGAGAAGCAAAGCCCUUAGAGAAAAGUCUUAUGGAUUUUUUCAGAAAAAGAAUGCAGAAGAACCCUGGUACAACACUAAGUUCUGUUCAUUGAACUCUGAGGAAUCUCUGUUGGAAAAAAACCGCCUUUUAUGCGGGAAACCAGAUUUGACAGUUCAAAAUCUAACGAUGCCGAAAGAGAAAUACAUUGUUGACUUGAUUGGGCCUUGUCUAGAAAAUGAUGAAGUUCAAAAACAACUUACGUUGGGAACAGCAUCAAUGUUCCAAUUACAAGCAUUGCCCCAGCUCGUUGAUAGGAUAAAAAAUCUUAUGGCUAAUGUCAAGCUUAUUGGAUUUAGUAAAUUGUGUACUACUUUAAAAAUCACACAAGAACCUCUUAGACUGGAAGCCCUAAAAUCAUUGCAACAGGUGGCUGAAUUAGUUCAAGGUAACUGGGUUGUCAAGAGUGAAAUUCUUUAUCCCAGUGGAGAAAAAGAGAAGAUAGUUAAACUCUGUGGAAUCUCAGGAAUUCACCCUGAUAUUAUUACCAAAGCCCGGGAUUAUGUGCUUUACAUGUAUACGCUGAAACGUUGUGUGAACCGUAAAGCAGUUACAAUCGCCACUAAAAUACCAACUGAGGAAAUGAAGGUUAUUCUAGAGCAAAUAGCGUUCAAGACCAAAGAUGGUUGGGAAUUCAAAUUGCCUUUCGAUCAAGCCUUUGUCGACAAAUAUCCCGAAGUGGUGCGGCGCAGUGAAUUGAUGAAUAAAGCUAAGCAGAAGCAUCUUCAAAUUAGUGUUACCGAAUUCAAAGCUCCGAAGAAGGAAUCAACAGAUUCACCAAAGAAAAGAUCAAGGCGUCGUUCUCGACAAGAUUCUUGCAGCUCCGACAGUGGAAAUGACGUUAAGAAGUAAUGUAUAAAUCCCAGUGACUAUGAGACUAUGAAAGCGGAUAUUACAGCUUCAAGUACUCA